AUGAGUACGAUGGAAGUAGCACAGUCGCUCAAGACCGCCCACCUCGAACUGGUGUACGAACGCGCCUUGCGACAGGCAGAACGCAUCUAUGAAGAAGAACGGGUGCGCGCCCUCCGUGUUCAACUAUUACUGCUUGAAGAUGAAAACGAGGAGUUGCAAGAGCACGCGAUGAAGCAAGAGGAUCAACAAGUCUUCCUGGAGGAAACCAACGAGGAACUGCUCGACAGUGUCGCCGCAGCCGAAACUGAGCUGCUGCAAUCACAAAUGGACUUGAAGGCUCGAGAACGCGAUCUUGACCAUCUCAAGGCGGAGGUCAAGGCCCUCAACGCUGCUAGCGCCGACGCGACAAAGCUUCUGUCGGAGAAAUUGUCGCUCUCGAGAGAAUUGAACGCCUUGAAACCCGAACUCGAACACCUCAAGUCCCAAUCAUCUACGCAACAGAAGCUUCUAUCGGAAAAGCUGGCACUCCAAAGAGAACUAGCCUCCGUGCAGGUCGAACUUGAAACAGAACGACGCGCCGUGCAAAGGAUCAAGGAAAAGCAGACAGUCCAGAACGAUGCGGAGAGCCAGGCGGAAUUGAAUGAACUCACAAAAGAGCUUGCAAGAGCCAGAAGAGAAGCCCAAAAGAUGCAGCGUGAAGCUGCGGCCGAGAUUGAUGACUUGAAGAACGAAUUGGCGCAGGCGAAACGAGGCGCAGAGCGAUCCAACGAAGAAACAUCGGCCGAAGUUUCGGAAAUGAAAAAGGAACUAGCCAAGGCGAAACGGGAGGCUCAAAAGUUAGAUCGCGAGAACCGGAGGAGAGUGGCCGAGUGGGAAGAAGAAAAAGAGUCGCUGGAGAUCAAACUUGACUCUUUCCGCAACAAGUUGAAAGCAACCAAGGAUGAGCUUCAGGAGGCACAAGAAGAAAUUGAGAAGAUGCAGGCAGCGAAAAUGGCUCAGUCUGCUGAGCUGACCAAAGCCCGAAUCAAUGGAAACGCAGUACCAAAUCCAAGAAAGAGAAAUGUCGCCCGCUUCGAUCCUGACAUGACAAUUGGAACGCCUGGCCACGGCGGAGCUGCGGCCAAGAAACAACGAUUCUCUGUCAAUCCAGGAGACAAAUCAACAUUCUCGAUGACUCCAUUUCUGAACCGAACUCUCAGCAUUCUUCCUGAAACACCCGCCGAGUCUGAAGAGCAAGACUCGAACAACAACAAGGACAUGUCUCCAGACCGAGAUGAAGACGCCGCCCAAAAGCUCACCACCAGAAAAGUAGAAGCACCUAAGCAAAAACCAGCCAAACCCCCCGCUGCCCGCAAACCAACUCAGAAGAAAGACAAACAAGUACAGCCGCUGAAGGAAAGCACGAACAGCAAAGCCAACGCAGCGGCCAAAAAGCCAUCGCUUGAAAAACUAGUCGAACAAGACUCAGACAUGGACAGCGACCAGGAAAAUAACGAGACAACCAAACAGACAAGUGAAGACAGCCGAGACUCGAAUGUCUCGAAUAGCGAACAGCAGCCCAAGAAAACAAAAGCAUUAAAGCGAGCCAACAUCUUCGACGAGGAAGACACGGCCCCUCCAGCACCAAAAGUCAGAACCAUUGGGAACUCGACCGUGGGAGCUCUAGCAUUAGGACGCAUCUCUCUCAAGGCAAAGCCAAACUCGAAGGGGAAAGUGCUGGCCGAGUUUUCGCCCCUUAAGAAGGAUCGAAGGGCUAUGGUGUAG